AUGGGUAAUUCUAGUUCGAAACAGCAUGCUAAGCGCAGUAACAAGAAGGAGGACCACGAAAGUGACAAGAAGAAAACACUAGACCUUCCACCACUGACUAAGUCUGAUACCACACAUUCACUGAAGUCAUCGAGGUCGAUUAGGUCGCUGCGGUCGAAACGCUCAGAGUCGUCGUUGGCAUCCAGUGCUCAGGCUCAAACCCAACCUCUCUCGCGAAAAUCUUCUACUCUUGGAAGCAGUAGUCGCAGUCGUAGGCAAUCAGGCAAUGGCCUAAUCACAACUUCCAAUAACCACCACCUAAAUUCGGUACCUAGUUCAUCAAGGAGGCUUUCUUCUUCUUCGAGAAGGUCGAGCAUGGGGAAUAACAACAAUUCGGAAUUGCCCCCGUCAAUGAUCCAAAUGGAGCCUAAAUCGCCCAUUUUAAAGUACGGUACAAAUAUGCAUUCCACUAGCUCCUUCAACUCUUAUGAAAAUGCAUUGACUGAUGAGGAUGAAGAUGACGGCUGUGAGAGCCCCUCAAUGGCUAAAGUUACUCGUAUCAACACUAGUUCUUCCGCAGAUAGAAGCUUUAAGCAUAGUCCCUCAGGGCGUCACAAUUCAUUACAACCAGAGAAAAGUACGACCGGAUUUUCCUCAUCUUCCUCCAAAUUUCGCAGAAAAUCGGAUAAUUCGUUACCAUCGAAUUAUACUUCAAACGUGAAGUCAAUCGGAAACGGCGGUGAUUAUUUUCUAAACAGAUCAAACUCACAUGCAUCAUCCAGGAAAUCGUCAUUCGGCUCCACAGGGAACACAGCUUACAGCACUCCACUCCAUUCUCCCGCACUGAGAAAAAUGAACUCUAGGGACAACGACAAUAACGAAGGCAACAUGGACGAUAAAAAUUCAUCACCCAUCCCUAAUCUAAACAUAGAUAAGCCUUCGUCAUCGUCGUCGUCUGCUUCAAGAAAAGAAUAUUUAAGUGCUUACCCAACGCUUGUUCACAGAGAUUCAUCUUCCUCACUUAGUCCGCGGGGCAAGGGACAACGAUCAUCGUCUUCCUCUAGCUCAGGUCAAAGAAUAUAUGUGUCACCACCAUCACCCACAGCCAAUUUCGUCCGUGGGAGCUCUAUAGAUGGUGAUGAGGAGUCCAAGACAAAUACUUUGGUGGAAAUGAAAAGGAAAAAACCAGUUCGUCCGAUUGACAUAGAUGAAAUUAUCCAGAAACUACUAGAUGCUGGUUACGCUGCAAAAAGGACCAAGAAUGUUUGCUUGAAAAAUUCAGAAAUUAUUCAAAUAUGCCAUAAAGCUCGUGAGUUAUUCCUUGCCCAGCCCGCCCUUUUAGAAUUAUCUCCUUCUGUGAAAAUAGUAGGUGAUGUUCAUGGCCAAUAUGCUGAUCUUUUGAGGCUCUUUACUAAAUGCGGAUUUCCCCCCAUGGCAAACUAUUUAUUUUUGGGUGAUUACGUGGACCGCGGUAAGCAGUCUCUGGAAACCAUUUUACUAUUAUUAUGCUACAAGAUUAAAUAUCCUGAAAAUUUUUUCCUUUUAAGAGGCAACCAUGAAUGUGCUAAUGUGACAAGGGUCUAUGGAUUUUAUGAUGAAUGUAAACGACGUUGUAAUAUCAAAAUUUGGAAAACCUUUAUUGAUACUUUCAAUACAUUACCUUUGGCUGCCAUCGUCACGGGGAAAAUAUUCUGUGUUCACGGUGGUCUGUCACCUGUUCUAAAUUCGAUGGACGAAAUUAGACAUGUUAGUAGGCCUACUGACGUGCCUGACUUCGGGUUGAUUAAUGACCUUCUGUGGUCCGAUCCUACAGAUUCCUCGAAUGAAUGGGAAGAUAACGAGCGUGGCGUCAGUUUUUGUUAUAAUAAAGUGGCUAUUAAUAAAUUCUUGAACAAAUUUGGUUUCGAUUUAGUGUGUAGAGCUCAUAUGGUCGUGGAAGACGGUUAUGAAUUCUUCAAUGACAGAAGCUUGGUCACAGUAUUUUCUGCCCCGAAUUAUUGCGGUGAAUUUGACAACUGGGGUGCCGUCAUGACGGUUAGCGAAGGGCUUCUGUGUUCCUUUGAAUUACUAGAUCCGCUAGAUAGUGCUGCUUUGAAACAAGUGAUGAAAAAGGGUAGGCAAGAACGCAAAUUAGCCAAUCGUUGA